AUGGGCCGCCGAACGCUUCGUGUGGGAAUCGUGGGCGCAGGCCUCGGUGGACUGGCGGCUGCGAUUGCAAUCGCAAGAGCCGGCGCUAACGUGACGGUCCUUGAGGCUGCCACGGAACUUGGAGAGAUCGGAGCCGGGAUACAGAUGCUACCCAAUGUGUCUCGCUUCCUCAUUCGUUGGGGAGUAGACAAAAUCAUCAGCGACGAGUUGGUUGAGCACCACGAAUGCUGUACGUGGGCUGGUCCUGAACCGACACUGGUCGCACGAUCCGAUCCCAAGCUUCUGGCUAAACAGGCCGGAUUCCCUUGGUGGAUGGUGCGUCGUGAUCAUCUACACGCGGGCUUGACCAAGUCAGCAAAAGAGCAUGGAGCAAAAAUCAUUCUCGGUGCUCGGGUGGUCAAGAUGGAAGAGGUUGGAGACACCGUCAAAAUCCAGUCACACGGCGGACAGUCGUACGGCUUCGACAUGGUCAUUGGAGCUGAUGGCAUCAACUCGUUUGUCCGCGGUCAGCUGUUCCCAGAGGCCAUGCCGAUUGCUACAUCCAAAGUGGCCGCAUAUCGAGGCGUUCUCUCGUGCAAGCAGAUCUUGGCUGAGAUCCCGGAGGCGCGGACUUUUCUCCGUGGCACCAUGGAUGUCUCGUCUGGUCCGAGGGGAUACAUCGUGAUGUACCCCAUUAGUGGAGGGAAGGAGCUCAACAUCGUGACGGCCUUCUGUAAGGAUGACUAUGUCACGAAGCCCGAAGACGCCGACAUCGAGGAGUUCCGAGGUUACUAUCAGGACUAUAGCCCGGUAGUCCAGAAGAUCCUCAAGUUGGUCAAUUACACCCAACGGUGGCCGCUGUUGCAACUGCCCCCAAUGAAGUCGUGGUCAAACGAGAAACACAACAUCGUGCUCAUGGGCGACGCCGCCCACUGCAUGCAGAACCACAUGGCGCAGGGCGCCGCCACAGCCAUUGAAGACGGCGCCUUCUUGGGUAGGGUGAUCUCCGAGGUCGUGAGGGGCACUCUCAGCGUGUCACAGUGCGUCGAGCUCUACGAACAGCGCCGCAUGCCCAAGGCGUAUCUCAAACAACAGAUCUCCUUCAUGUCAGGCCUCAUGAACCUGGCCGAGGAGAGCAUCGAGCAGCGCAACGCCGCCUCGCAGCCGGAAAUCCGUGCGCUGCAGGAGAACUCGCUCCAGCCCGCACCGCCGUCCCCGACCUACCGCUCAUGGCAAUACUACUCCAGUGCAGAGUCCGCGCCGAAUAUCUUCUACUAUGACGCCGAGGGAGAUGCGGACAGCGCGGUGUGGGAGUAUCUCAUGAGUCAGGGCACGCCGUCGAAAGCGAACUUUCUGACUGACACUUUGAAGAAGUAUUGGUUGGGGUUCUUACAUGACAACGGCGUUGUCGCUGGCGGUGCAAACGGUGUGUGUGUCGUUCCCGGGAUGGAAGAGGUCGACCAUGAAAAGUUUGGCAAUGGCCUGUAA